AUGCAAUUCUUAACUUCAAUAAGUAUUAUUCUUGUAUUAUGUAUGAUGAUGAUGGUUUCUGUUAAUAGCUACGGAGAAGGUAGUUGUAUGUGUCAUAGUUCAUAUCAAUGGACUCGAGAUUGUUGUGGUCCUACUGGUGGAUAUUUUAUUCAUCGUAAAUGUUACAAUACAUUCGGUUUAUCAUUCAUACAAUGUUGUCGAUAUGCUGGAUUACGUGGAGCUUGCAUCGCUUGA